CUCCUGUAUGCGGAGAAGCCGUCAUCAUUGCCAACGUCAUGACGGAGCAACACCGUCUCAUUAUGCGACAGCAGCAGCCUGACUUGACAUAAGUCUAGAAAGCUCCUGAAAUGUCUACGUCAAUCGUGACUUUUCCUCCCUCGGAAAGCGCAGUGCGCGUACGAAUGAUGAACCCCGGUGCGGUCAUGACGGUCAAAGCAGAAUCCUUUGUUAAACCUGUCCAGAAAGGCCAUGAACUGCUGAACCUCACCUGCACCGCAUACUUGAUCGAACAUGAAUCCUCCGGGAAGAAAGUCAUGUUCGACCUCGGUGUACGUAAGGAUUGGUGGAAUCUCUCCCCAGUCAUCCAUAAACGCCUGGGAAGCACCAUUCCUGGCCUGAGAGUCGACACCGAUGUCCCAGAAAUUCUCAAAAACAAUGGUAUAAGUCUAGAUUCGAUAUCCUCAGUCAUCUGGUCGCACUAUCACUGGGAUCAUGUAGGCGACAUGUCUCUGUUUCCUCAUUCUACCGAGAUUGUUGUCGGAGCUGGCUUCAAAGACUCUACGGUUGGUCCAGGUUACCCGGAGAAGGAGGACUCGCCCCUACGUUCCUCUGACUUCAAAGAACGGCAUCUCAAUGUGAUAGACUUUACGAAAUCACCUUCAGAGAUCGGCGGGUUCGCGGCGCAUGACUUUUUUGGUGACGGAUCGUUCUAUAUACUUGACACACCGGGACACUGUCUGGGACAUAUGUGCGGCCUAGCCCGCACGACAGGCGGCAAAAACAGCACAUUCUUACUUCUGGGCGGCGACAUAUGCCACUUCGUCGGAGACCUGAGACCGAACAAAUCCUAUCCUUUACCAGAUCCGAUCCCUAACGAUGUGCUCGACAAGGAUUCCUUCUUUCCAACUCCAUGCCCCUGCAGCAUUUUUACGGAUCAUCAUCCAAUCCUGUCUGACGACACUGAUGUGGAAGAGAGAAGGACCACCCCAUGGUACCAGGUUUCCGACCACGAAAAGUCGGCGUACGUUGACCCGCCUGCAGCGCAGAGCUCGGUAGACAAGCUUGUUGGAUUCGAAAGGUGCCCCAACGUGUUGAUUUGUCUCUCUCAUGAUUCUGGACUGUUGCGGUAUCUACCGACGCUCAACUCGGAUCCAAAAUCGGAUUUGAACAGCUGGCGCAAGAACAAUUGGAAGGAGGAAACUCGAUGGGAGUGGUUGAACGAGCUGCCACGGGACGGGAAGCCAGGUCGAAAACCUAUUGUCGAAGGCCUUUGGCGGGAUGGCAAACCCUCGGAUAGGACAUGACAGCGUGUAUCGCAAAUACAUGCAGCUAAAGC